CUCGUUUAGACAAAGAAAGAGAUAGAGAGAGAGAGAGUCUGAUCGGUCCUUGACGAGACAGUGCACUUUAACAACGGGCUUCAAAGUUUUUUUUUCUCACUCUCUCCUCUUCUUUUUCUUUCCUUUCUCUUCCAAUCAAGAACAAACCCUAGCUCCUCUCUUUCUUCUUCUCUCUCUCUCCCUCUCUCUAUCUUCUUAUCAGUACUCUCAUCAGAUCAAUCAUCAUGAACGAUCCUCCUGAUCUGAGCAACGACGACUCUGCUGCUUGGAGAGAACUCACUGCUUCGGAAUCUGACUUCUUUGACAGAGACACUUCCACUAUCCUCUCUGACUUCGGCUGGAACCUCGGCCACUCCUCCGAUCAUCCUCACAAUCUCUCCGAUCUUACACCAACCAAGCCCCAUCCGAAUCAUCUACCCUCCACUUCUUCUUGUUCCUCAUCCGUAGCCGCCGUUACAGAGGUUUCCACCCCUAAUACUAAUCCUUCCGCUACCUCGAGCUCAAGUGAGGAUCCAGCUGAAAACUCCACCGCCUCAGCGGUCAAAACACCACCGGAGACACCAGUGAAGGAGAAAAAGAAGGCUCAAAAGCGAAUUCGUCAACCAAGAUUUGCAUUCAUGACCAAGAGUGAUGUGGAUAAUCUUGAAGAUGGUUAUCGAUGGCGUAAAUAUGGACAAAAAGCUGUCAAGAAUAGCCCAUUCCCAAGGAGCUACUAUAGAUGCACAAAUAGCAGAUGCACGGUAAAGAAGAGAGUGGAGCGGUCAUCGGAAGAUCCAUCGAUAGUAAUCACAACAUACGAAGGACAACAUUGCCAUCAAACCAUUGGAUUCCCUCGAGGUGGAAUCCUCACUGCACAUGACCCUCAUAGUUUCACAUCUCAUCAUCAUCUCCCUCCUCCAUUGCCAAAUCCUUAUUAUUACCAAGAACUCCUUCAUCAACUUCAUAGAGACAAUAAUACUCAGUCACCGUGGUUACCCCAAUCUACUACUGAAGAUGCAUCUACACUGUCUAAUCCAUCAGAGGAAGGCUUACUUGGUGAUAUUGUACCUCAAACUAUGCGCAAUCCUUGAGGGAAGCUUUGGUAACAAUAGUUAAGGAGGUGCUAACUCAUAUAGAAGAUAUUGGAGACGGGAAAAUGCAGGGAGGGUAUAACCAAUAUGGCCGCAACUCCUUGUAACCAUGGAUCUAUACAUAACUAUAUAUAUAUUACUUCAUUGUUCAUCAAUAGCGCCUAGCUCACCACCGGUAGGUUGCAAUUUCUAAGAGAUAUGUAUAUAUAUGAAGUUAUGCAUGUAUGUAGUUAUAUACCCAGGUAUAAUUUUGAUGUAACUCAACAUUAAUCUACUCAGUCGUGGAUUCAUCCCACAUUCAGAUGCGUGUAUAUGCAAUUGAGAAAAAGAACGUGGAGGAUUUGACGUUAUAGUUAUUUUACUUUUCUU